AGCCAGCCUUGGUGAGGGAUGAAGAGCACGCGCUGGCUCACCUCGAAGCCUGUCAACUCUGUCGUCCUUGGCUUCCUAUGGAUUUCUGUGGUGCAGUGUACAGUUCUGAGCAGCUGCCUGACGUCCUGUGUAACUAACCUGGGCAGGCACCUUGACAGUGGCACACCAUACAAUCUGAGCGAGGCGUGCAUCCAAGGAUGUCAGUUUUGGAACUCUGUAGACCAGGAAAAGUGUGCUUUAAAGUGUAAUGAUACAUAUGCCACCAUUUGUGAGAGGGAGUCCUGUGAGGUCGGCUGCAGCAGUGCAGAGGGUACCUAUGAAGAGGAAGUACUGGAAAGUACAGCACUCCCUACAGCACCCUUUGCAUCUUCCAUUGGAAAUCAUAGUGUCACAUUACGAUGGAACCCUGCCAACAUCUCUGGAGUGAAAUAUGUCAUUCAAUGGAAGUAUGACCAGCUUCCAGGAAGCUGGACUUACACGGAGACCGUGUCUAAACUCUCCUAUGUGGUGGAGCCCCUGCAUCCAUUCACUGAAUAUAUUUUUCGAGUGGUUUGGAUAUUCACAGCCCAGCUGCAUCUUUAUUCUCCACCAAGUCCCAGCUACAGGACUCAUCCUUAUGGAGUUCCAGAAACUGCACCUUUCAUUGUGAACAUUGAAAGCUCAAGCCCGGACACCGUGGAAAUCAGCUGGGCUCCACCCAAUUUUCCAGGUGGACCUAUUUUGGGUUAUAAUUUAAGGCUGAUCAGUAAAAAUCAAAAAUUAGAUUCAGGGACACAGAGAACCAGUUUCCAGUUUUAUUCCACUCUUCCAAACACCACCUACAGGUUUUCUAUUGCAGCAGUCAAUGAAGUUGGUGAGGGGCCAGAAGCAGAAUCUAUAAUUACCACUCCAUCCCCAGCAGUUCAAGAAGAAGAACAGUGGCUUUUUUUAUCCAGAAAAACUUCUCUGAGAAAGAGGUCUUUAAAGUACUUGGUAGAUGAAGCACAUUGCCUGUGGUCAGAUACUAUACGUCAUAAUAUUACAGGAAUCUCCGUCAAUGCCCAGCAGCAGGUGGUUUAUUUCUCAGAAGGAACCGUCAUAUGGAUGAAGAGGGCAGCCAACAUGUCCGAUGUGUCUGACCUGAGAAUGUUUUACCGAGGCUCGGGUCUAAUCUUUUCCAUCUCCAUAGACUGGCUUUACCAGAGGAUGUAUUUCAUCAUGGACAAACUGGUAUAUGUCUGUGACUUAGAGAAUUGCUCAAAUUUUGAGGAAAUUACCCCAUUCUCUAUUCGUGCACCUCAAAAAGUUGUGGUUGAUUCCUAUAAUGGGUAUGUCUUUUAUCUCCUGAGUGACGGUAUUUACAGAGUCAAUCUCCCUUUGCCAUCUGGCAGGGACACCAAAGCUGUUCGCAUUGUGGAGAGUGGCGCGUUAAGGGACUUUGCAGUAAAGCCACAGUCCAAGCGAAUCAUUUACUUCAAUUCCACCCUGCGAGUCUUCAUGUCGACGUUUCUGGAUGGCUCGGCUUUCCAUCAGGUCCUGCCUUGGGUGCCCCUUGUGGAGGUGAAGAGCUUUGCCUGUGAAAACAAUGACUUCCUCAUCACCGACGGCAAGGCCAUUUUCCUGCAGGACUCUCUGUCUUUCAAUGAGUUCAUCGUGGGAUGUGACCUGAGUCACAUAGAAGAGUUUGGGUUUGGUAACUUGGUCAUCUUUGGCUCAUCCGUCCAGUCAUACCCUCUGCCAGGCCAUCCACAGGAGCUCUCAGUGUUGUUCGGGUCUCAAGAGGCCCUUAUUCAGUGGAAGCCUCCUGCUGUCGCCAUAGGAGCCAGUUCUUCCGCCUGGCAGAACUGGACUUAUGAGGUGAAAGUUUCCUCCCAAGAGCUUCUUGAAGUCACUCAAGUUUUCUCUAACAUAAGAGGGACCAUACUUAAUGUACCUGAGCUGCUGAGUGCUACAAAAUACACAGUUUCUGUGAGAGCGAGUUCUCCUAAAGGCCCAGGCCCCUGGUCAGAGCCUUCAGUGGGCACCACCCUCGUAUCAGCUACUGAGCCACCAUUCAUCAUGGCUGUGAAAGAAGAUGGGCUUUGGAGCAAACCACUCAGUAGCUUUGGCCCAGGAGAGUUCCUAUCCUCUGACGUAGGAAACGUGUCAGAUAUGGAUUGGUAUAACAACAGCCUCUACUACAGUGACACAAAAGGCAACGUUUAUGUGCGGCCACUGAAUGGUAUGGAUAUCUCAGAGAAUUAUCACAUACCCAGCAUUACAGGAGCUGGUGCGUUGGCCUUUGAAUGGCUUGGUCACUUUCUCUACUGGGCUGGGAAGACAUAUGUGAUCCAGAGGCAGUCUGUGUUGACAGGACACACAGACAUUGUGACUCACGUCAAGCUGUUGGUGAACGACAUGGCCGUGGAUUCAGUUGGUGGCUAUCUGUAUUGGACUACACUGUACUCCGUUGAAAGCACCAGACUCAAUGGAGAAAGUUCUCUUGUACUGCAGGCUCAGCCCUGGCUGUCUGGCAAAAAGGUUAUUGCUCUAACGUUAGACCUGAGUGAUGGGCUCCUGUACUGGCUGGUGCAGGACAAUCAGUGUAUUCAUCUGUACACAGCUGUUCUUCGAGGAUGGAGCAGUACUGGGGAUGCGACUAUCACCGAGUUUGCAGCCUGGAGUACUUCUGAAAUUUCCCAGAAUGCGCUGAUGUACUACAGUGGUCGACUUUUCUGGAUCAAUGGCUUUAGGAUCAUUACAGCGCAGGAAAUAGGUCAGAGAACCAGUGUGUCUGUUUCAGAGCCAGCAAAAUUCAACCAGUUCACGAUUAUACAGACAUCCCUCAAGCCUCUGCCAGGGAACUUUUCCUCUACUCCCAAAGUUAUUCCAGAUUAUGUUCAGGAGUCUUCAUUUCGGAUUGAAGGACACAGUUCAAGUUUCCAAAUCCUGUGGAAUGAGCCUCCAGCGGUGGACUGGGGCAUAGUUUUUUACAGUGUGGAGUUUAGCGCUCAUUCUAAGUUUCUGGCUAUUGAACAACAGCCUUUACCUGUUUUUACUGUGGAAGGGCUGGAGCCCUAUGCCUUAUUUAAUCUCUCUGUCACUCCUUAUACCUACUGGGGAAAGGGCCAAAAGACAUCUCUAUCACUCCGUGCACCCGAAUCAGUUCCAUCAGCACCAGAGAACCCCAGAAUAUUUGUAUUAUCAAGCAGAAGAUACGCCAACAAGAAUGAAGUUGUGGUAGAGUUUAGGUGGAAUAAACCUAACCAUGAAAAUGGAGUGCUAACCAAAUUUGAAAUCUUCUAUCAUAUAUCUAAACAAAGCGGCACAAAUAAAACAAUGGAAGACUGGAUUUCUGUCAGUGUCGCACCCUCAGUCAUGUCCUUUCAGCUUGAGGCCCUGAGUCCUGGGUUUAUGGUUGCUUUCCAGGUUCGAGUCUUCACGUCCAAAGGGCCAGGGCCAUUUUCUGAUAUAGUGAUCGCUAAAACAUCAGAGAUCAAACCAUUUCCGUAUCUCAUAUCUCUUCUUGGCAAUAAGAUCGUGCUCCUAGACAUGGACCGAAGUCAAGCUGUGUGGACAUUUUCCACGGAGGGAGACAUCAGCACGGUGGGGUACACGGCAGAUGAUGAAAAGGGGUAUUUUGCUCAAGGAGACUCGCUCUUCGUUUUGAAUCUGCACAAUCGUUCUAGCUCUAAGGUUUUCCAGGAUGCAGUGGUCUCUGAUGUUACAGUUAUUGCAGUUGACUGGAUUGCCAGGCACCUCUACCUUGCUCGAAAAGCGUCACAAAAUGGAACACAGAUAUUCGAUGUUGACCUUGAACACAAGGUGAAAUCCCCUAGGGAGGUGAAGAUUUGCAAAAGGCCUUCAACGAUAAUUUCUUUCUCUAUGUAUCCCCUUUUAAGUCGCUUAUAUUGGACAGAAGUUUCGGAUCUGGGCCAUCGGAUGUUCUACUGCAGUAUUAGCAAUCACACCUUGUGUCCUGUUCUACAUGCCUCAAACCAGUAUGGCAGGAACCAAUGUUCUUGUAAUGUGACAGAGUCUGAGUUAAGUGGAGCAAUGACUGUUGAUACCUCUGACCCAAAGAGACCAUGCAUAUACUUUACCAAAGGACGAGAGAUCUGGGCCAUGGAUCUGGAAGGAUGUCAGUGUUGGAAAAUCAUCACGGUACCUGCCAUCCUUGCAGGAAAACGAAUCGAUAGCUUAACAGUGGAUGGGGAAUUUAUAUAUUGGAUCAUCACAAACAAGGACCAGACACAGAUUUACCAAGCAAAGAAGGGAAGUGGGGCCAUCCUCUCGCAGGUGACGGCCCCCAGGAGUAAGCAUGUCUUGGCUUACAGUUCAGCUCUGCAGCCUUUUCCAGAUAAAGCAUAUCUGACUCUGGCUUCAGAUAUGGUAGAAGUAAUUAUAUUGAAUGCCACCAACACCAGCCUCACACUCAAAUUACCUUCAGUCAAGAGAAACUUCACGUGGCAUGGCAUUACCAGCCCCACACCAACAUACCUGAUUUACUAUAAGGAAGCCAAUAGGGCAAAUAGCUCUGACGAAAAACACAGAAUGCUGGAAUCACAGGAGAAUGUAGCCCGCAUUGAAGGUUUGCAGCCAUUUUCAACGUAUGUGAUUCAGGUCACUGUGAAGAAUUAUUACUCAGAUCCUUUAGAACAUUUACAUCUGGGAAGAGAGAUUCAGGGAAAAACUAAGAGUGGAGUACCCGGGGCAGUUUGUCAUAUCAAUGCAACUGUGCUGUCUGAUACCAGUCUCCACAUACUCUGGACAGAAUCACAUAGACCAAACGGACCCAAGGAGUCAGUCCGCUAUCAGCUGGUUAUGUCACACCUGGCUCCGAUUCCUGAGACUCCUCUGAGAAAGGGUGAAUUUCCAAGUGCCAGGCUUGCCCUCCUUGUCACUAAACUGUCUGGUGGACAAUUCUACGUGUUGAAGGUCCUGGCCUGCCACUCAGAGGAAAUGUGGUGUACGGAGAGUCAUCCUGUUACAGUCAACAUGUUUGACACACCAGAGAAACCUUGUGCCUUGGUUCCAGAGAAUACCAGUCUGCAGUUAGACUGGAAGGCUCCGGCUAAUGUUAACCUCACCAGCUUUUGGUUCGAACUCCAGAAGUGGAAAUAUAAUGAGUUUUACCACGUUGAAGCUACAUGCAGCCAAGGUCCAGUUUAUGUCUGUAGCAUCACAGAUCUACAGCCAUACACUCCAUAUAAUAUCCGAGUGGUGGUGGUCUAUGAGACAGGAGAAAAUAGCUCCUCCAUUCCAGAGAGCUUCAAGACAAAAGCUGGAGUCCCAAGCAAACCAGGCACUCCGAAAUUACUAGAAGGGAGUAAAAAUUCAGUCCAGUGGGAGAAAGCUGAAGAUAAUGGAAGCAGACUGACGUACUAUAUCCUUGAGAUCAGAAAGGGCAUUUCAAAUGAUUCACAAAACCAGAGUUUAAGGUGGAAGAUGGCGUUUAAUGGGUCCUGCGGUAGCAUUUGCACAUGGAAGUCAAAAACCCUGAAAGGAACAUUUCAGUUCAGAGCAGUAGCUGCAAACAAUAUUGGGCUUGGAGAAUAUAGUGGAAUCAGUGAGAAUAUUACAUUAGUGGAAGAUGGUUUUUGGAUAACAGAAACAAGCUUUAUACUUACCAUCAUAGUUGGGAUAUUUCUGGUUGCUACAGUCCCACUGACCUUUGUCUGGCACAGAAGCUUGAGAAACCACAGAGCUUCCAAGGAAGGGCUCUCAGCUCUCAAGGAGGACGACGACAAAGAGUUGGCUGAGCUUCGAGGCCUGGCGGCUGGGGUGGGACUGGCCAAUGCCUGCUAUGCAGUACAUAUUCUUCCAACCCAAGAGGAGAUUGAAAGUCUUCCUGCCUUCCCUCGGGAAAAACUGAGCCUGCGUCUUUUGUUGGGAAGUGGAGCUUUUGGAGAAGUGUACGAAGGCACAGCCGUGGACAUCCUAGGAGUGGGGAGUGGAGAAGUCAAAGUGGCAGUGAAGACCUUGAAAAAGGGUUCCACCGACCAGGAGAAAAUUGAAUUCCUGAAGGAGGCACACCUCAUGAGCAAGUUUGAUCACCCCAACAUUCUGAAGCAGCUGGGAGUCUGUCUGCAGAGUGAGCCCCACUACAUUAUUCUGGAGCUGAUGGAAGGAGGAGACCUUCUGAGCUAUCUGCGCAAAGCCCGGGGGACCAAGUUACAUGGCCCUUUACUCACCUUGGCUGACCUGGUAGAGCUGUGUGUGGAUAUUUCAAAAGGCUGUGUCUACUUGGAGCAAAUGCACUUCAUCCACAGGGAUCUGGCAGCUCGGAAUUGCCUUGUCUCUGUGAAAGAUUAUACCAGUCCUCGGGUAGUCAAGAUUGGUGACUUUGGGCUUGCCAGGGAAAUCUAUAAAAAUGAUUACUAUAGAAAGAGAGGGGAAGGCCUGCUUCCUGUGCGGUGGAUGGCUCCCGAAAACUUGAUGGAUGGAAUCUUCACUUCUCAGUCUGAUGUAUGGUCUUUUGGAAUUUUGGUUUGGGAGAUUUUAACUCUUGGUCAUCAACCUUAUCCAGUGCAUUCCAACCUUGAUGUUUUAAACUAUGUGCAAGCAGGAGGGAGACUGGAGCCACCAAGAAAUUGUCCUGAUGAUCUGUGGAAUUUAAUGUCUCAAUGCUGGGCUCAGGAACCUAACCAAAGACCCACUUUCCAUGACAUUCAAGACCAGCUUCAGUCAUUCAGAAGUUUUUCCUUAAAUACUGUUUCUCAGUGCGAAGAAACACGUGCCCGUGGAGUCAUCAAUGAAGGCUAUGAAGGUGAAGAAAAUAGAAUGGCUGCUUUGAAUUCAGAUGAUGAGAUGCCAGUUGCCUUGAUGGAAAUCAAGAACCAAGAAGGAUUAAAAUAUAUGGUACUUGCCACAAAGUGUAGCGAAGGUGAGGAAAACUAUGACGGUCCUCUAGGCCCUAAGGAAUCUGGGUCUCAUGGUCGGAAGAAAGAUGAGAAGCAACCACAUGCAAACAAAGAUUUCUGCCAAGAACAGCACAUGGCUUAUGGUCCUCCUGGCAGGUCUGAAGGCCUGAACUACACCUGCCUUGCUCACAGUGGACAUGGAGAUGUGUCUGAGUAAUAGCAUCUUAUUGUAAAUACAGCACUUUGAUCAACAUCGUGUUAAGUUACUUGCAGCAAAGAAUAAAGGUGUGGUGAUGGUCUUAAUUGACAAAGAGAAGUUCCUAAGUACUGAUCUUGAUUCCAAGAGCCAUUUGGUUUCAUUCACAGCAUUCUCUUUACCAGUGACCUAACCUUCAGUUGAUUAUGAGAAGAACCUUUGUGUGUGGGGAAAUCUCAGGACAAAUUCUAAGUCUGGGAGGAAAACAUCAAUCACUGUCCCUCUCCUCUGCAGCCCUUUACUUCAGAACACUGCCUACCCCGCUGUCUGGGAUGCAGUACAAACAUCUCUGCUAAAUGAUUAGUGACAGGAGUAUGUCCUUUCAAGGACCUGAAUGAGGGUGGGGAUGGGUUAGGUGCGGGGGAGUCUGCUGAGGACCACCUGAACUGCAGGUUACCUUAAAGAGGAUGCAGGAAACAAUUAGAGACACAUACAGGAGGGGGAAGCUCUUGUGCCAUGAGAAAUCAUCUGGCAUGCUAUUAUUCCAGUAAAAUAUUCCCUUUAAUCAUCACUGUAAAAUCUUUUCUAUUUUGGAAGCUUGGAUGAGCAGCUUUAGGCGUAGGAAAAACAGGGCCAUGAACAUCUCUGGAUCUUAAAGUUUGACAUUUUGUGAGUUUUAGGUGGCAUAAAGAUUAUCUUGUGAUCUAAAAAUGAUUUUUUAAAUAUAUAUGUCUGUAUUUUAAUUUUGUGGGUAUGAGUGUUUGCAUGCCUGAAGGCAUGUACACUACAUGCGUGCUUGUGCUUGGUGCCCUUAGAGGACUGAAAAGAGUGCUGGAGCUCCUAGAACUGGAGUCACAAGUGGCUGUGAGCUGCCGUGAUGGGUGAUGGGAAAUAACGUGGGUCCUCUGGCAGAGCAGUCAGCUCUCCUAAUCUCUGACUCUUCUUUUCAGUCCCUGUCUUGUGAUUUUUUUUUUCAGCUACCAUGAAAACUAAUGUAAGGAUUAUUCGGGGGGAAAAGACUCAGUGGAGAGCACCUGACUAGCAUGACCUUGGUUCUGUUCCCAGCCCCGCUCACUCAUGGGUAUUCACACUCACACAACAUUAUUUUUGUCAGACCUAGUUUACAUACAAAAUCCAGAAUAAAUUAUUCUUAAAAUUAAAUGUAAGUGAUCAUAUACAUUUAGCUUCAAACAUUGUAAUUUUUAUCAGAUGCAUGGAAAAAAUAAAUAUUUGCAUGAGUACAAUUAAAACAAUAUUCAGGAAAACACUGCUUGGAAACCGGUUUUCCUUUAUAGUUACACAUUCGCAUCUUAGGCCUUAAGUGGUACAGGAGCUACGCCUAUGUUGCUAGUCUGUGUGUUCUUCAGUUGCUGUGCAUAGGCUAUUGAUGGUAACAUUUACUAGAAACUACCGUGGAAGAUCAUAAAUCUGUUUCCAUCUUUGCUAAUCUUUACCUUGCCUAGCACCUGAGAACCCGCACAGGAGACUUGCUGAGGUGAACACAGAGAAGUGAAUGGUUCUAAUUUGGGGGUGAACAGCCUCAGAAUUAAGGUACAGAAUUUAUGUUCACUUUGGCACACACCCAAUUUUCCCUUGGCCAAGGCAGGGUAUUUCCUCUCUGCUCGUGGAAGCCUCCAGUGUACAACUGUCAUUCCUUUGACUGGUUCAUGAUAUGAGAGCCUUCCCUGUAUGGAAGAGUUUUUCUAUACUACUCUCAGAGUGGGAGCUAGGUCCCGUCCACUUCCUCGGAACUUCCUGCAGCAAGAGGCAAACCCGUGACCCAUGCACCCAGGAUGCUCACCCAGAGUUCGUGGCAACAGUGGAGGCAGCAGAGACAGCAGAGGGAACCUCUCAGAGAUGGGCAGACUGGACUGGUUCUGCUGGCUGCUUCUCAUUGCUUCCUGCUCUAUGGCCUCCCAUUCUUUCUGGGAUUCUGCCUGUCACCUCCAAACAUUUUCAGAAAACACUUCUAAAUCAGAAUUACUUUUGCUACCUGUAACUUGGGAUUCAUUCUUCUAGCUCCACAGAUCUCUGUUUUGAAGAAUGCAAACAUAUCUGAGAUGCUAAAAAGAAUUAGGUUUGCAGUAUAAUAUAUUUUCACUACAAUUUGGACAGUAGAAAAUAUACAGCUAGCUGAGGGAGAAUGGGCAAUACAAUUUUCCUAACUUGUUUCAGCU